AUGCUUAAAUUGAAGAAUUUACUGAAUCAUAGAAAUGGGAAUGGAAACCCAGGUGGAAUUCAUGCUAUAGCAGAAGAGGCAAUGACAAGAUAACUUGAUGAAGCACUCAUAUAAUAAUAAUACAGAAGAAUAUAAAGCGAUUACAAUCCAAAUGAAGAUGGCAAUCCUGAUGAAAAUUACAUGGAUUUCGAUAAUCAAAGCAACUCUACAUAGAGAAGAGGAGGAAAAGCGUAUGAUGCCACUCAAUUAUUUACUGAAAAUCUACCUGUCAUCGGCAGAGUUCCAAUUCUGUUUUACAUACCAAAGUGCAAAGGAGCUGGCAAAUUAAAAUCAUUGGUUCAUUAAUAUGGAGGAAUCGCAAUUCCAUAGAUAGAAUGCUGUGCAUUUCAAAUAUCUCCUGACACUAAAGAGGAUCUUAAAUCAUAAUUUGGCAAAGGUUUCGUGUUUUCUUACAAGUGGAUUAUUGAGUCUAUUGCUUCUCAAAGAGUUUUAAGGCCAGAAAAUUAUAAGAUAUACUAAAUUGAAGGGAAAAAAGAAGUAUCUUUUAGCAGGACGAAAUUCACUAUCAGGGAAAUUAUGAAAAUCUUUGAGGUGGUAUCCUAAAAUCCUCAGAGAAGAACAAAAAAUCCUGUAUAUUGGAAUCAAAGCAUUGAAAGGGGAUAUUUUCCAGGUAGAUCAGUUCAUUCAAUAAACGCAUAGUGGUAAAGAUUUUGCCUCUAUGAUAGUCUAGAUGCAGCUAUAAAAUAAGCUAUUAGACUUAAGAUGCCCUACUGUGUAAGUUUUAGAGAAAUUCCUGAUCACUAAGACACAGUAAAAGAAAUAAUCAAGUAAUUAAAAAAUAAAAAGAAUGAAGCUUAUUAACUCGAAAAAAUGCGAUAAAACUUUUAUAUUAAUGCUGAUGGUAAAAACUUACGAGCCCUUGAUGAGUAACAAAGAAGUCAAUCAGAAGAUGAUGACGAAGAAGACAGGGAAGAAGAUAACUAAGAGGCACCCAGACUUAACCAAUAGAUGCUAAACUAAUAGAUCCAUAAUAAUACUGACAAUACAAAAAAGGUCUAAGAACUUCUCAGAGUUAAAGAUGAACCAAAGUCAACUAUCUCCAAUAAGGCUUCUACCUCAAACAAUUUAUUGGGUAAACGCACUAGAGUUCCUGAAAUGUCUUUUAAUCCAAGUGAAGAUACAGAAAUAUAACUGAGAAAGAAGUAUUGGGUUAAUAAUAUUGUAGAUAAUCCAGUAGAGUAGUAGCCAUAAAAAAAUGUUUAAGUUUAAUAAAAAAUUGAUACAUAUACGAAAAAGUAAAUUCAUGAGUAAGCAAAGUUAAAGGAAUCUUAAAAUUAAAAUAACUCUGAAGAAAACAAUGACGAUGAGGAUGAUGAUAACACUUCAAUUUUUGGUCUUGGAAUUGAAAAAUUUGCACUUUAAAAUAAAAAGAAAUAUCAGUAGUAAAAAAUCGAGACAAAAGAAAGUGAUUCGUAAGAAGACCAGAUUAUUAGAUCUGAAUCUCAUUCAUAGUCUAAAUCUAGUCAAGAUAAUUAAAGGUACAGAGAUGAAAUAACUAAUCAAUUGCUAAAAGAAGUUAAAACAGAGCCAGGCUCAUCUUAUCUUAAGAACGAGAUUUCUCAAAACAAUCAGCUGAUUCAGUAAAAUUUGGAAUUGCUUAAGCAAAAUAAAAAGAAAAACACGAACCUAUUAAGUAAUGGUUAAAGAAAAUCAUUAUCUUACAGAUAUUCUGAGAUAGAUUUUAACAAAUAACUAAGUCAUGUUUAAGAUUAAAAAACAUCAAGUUUUCAAAGAAGAAAUCCACAUAACUUUUUGAGUGAAGAAGAGUACAAUCCAUAAGUAUAUACAUUAGAUUAUAAAGAGAAAUUGGAACAAGAUUGCUAGCUUAUCAGAGUCGUGCUUUAAAGAUAUGAUGAAGAAGGUGGAUUUCAAUAUAAAAGAAGUGUGAUAAAUAAACCCUUUUAAGUGAUUUAAAAUGCUAAAGAAUGCCUUAAAAAGAAUAAAUAGGGAGUAUUAGAGAAUAGCUUGGAUGAAUUCAUCGGAGAUACCAAUCUAGUACCUCAGUUAAACAGGCUGCUACAUUUACACAAAAAAUAUGGAAGCAAGCUUAAUAAGACUAUCGAUGACUUGCAAAAAGAUUUAUUUAGUGUCAACGACGAUGUAAGAGCGCUUGAAAUGAUGCUGAGGGGUGAGAAGGUUACAAUCUGGACUGAAAUUGAAGAUCAUAUGCUAAGGAAGUAUGGUGAUGUCUCGUCUACUGAAUUUCAAUUGUUGAUUAAAAUAAAAGGACCAGAGGAGGUCUAGAAAAGAAGAAAUUUCCUAGGAAUUUGA